UCAUGUCUCCAACAAUAUACAUAUUCACACUAAAAAAUUCUGCCGGCGAAUAACAGCUAAUCCAACUUAGGUGCUUUGUCAAGUUCACCACUCCAUGUCUUCUACUCUUUGCUAUUACCACCCUGCAGAAUCAUGCAAUUUUCACAACCCUCUUUUUCCACUCUCAUUUUCUAUCUCUGCUCUCCAUUAACAUUGCUUUAAAUCAUCAAAAACAAGCUUAGGAUCCUCCAAGAAACCUCCCUAUCAUGGCUUAUACUUUGCGAAAAUCAUUUUUUGUGUUCUUUGCCUUGUUACUCUGUGCCAUUACAGCAUUAUCUGAUGAUGAAUCCUAUGCUAAAAUCCUCAUAAAGUUCAAGAGCUCUCUCUCCAACACAUCCAUGCUGAAUAACUGGAUUGAACCAGUGGAAAACUUGUGCAGUGGCUAUAAACCUAGCUGGACAGGUUUAGUUUGUGAUAAUGGUACAUUUACAGGUAUAAAGCUUGAAAGCAUGGGGCUAAAGGGCACAAUCGACGUCGAUUCACUCACAGAUUUGCCAUUGCUGAGCCUGAGUUUGAUGAACAAUAACUUUUCAGGGCCAUUUCCUUAUAAUGAUUUAAAGAAACUUGGGAAGUUAAGAAGUUUGUAUUUGGCUAAUAACAGAUUCAAUGGUGAUAUUCCAGAUGAUGCUUUUUCAGGGAUGAAGUCUAUGAGGAAACUUGUGUUGGGAUUCAAUGAACAUACUGGUAAAAUUCCAAUGUCUUUACUGAGAUUGCCAAGGCUCGUAAAUUUGCUGCUUCAAAAUAACCAGAUUGAAGGGAGAAUACCAGACCUUUGGCAGAAGAAUUUGACUGUUAAUUUUGCUAAUAAUAAGCUUGAAGGUCCAAUACCAUCCACACUUAGUAGCCAGAGUGCAAGCUCGUUUUCGGGGAAACGAAGUCCUAACCAACCAGGUCUUGAUUGGCCAACGCGUUUAAAAAUCAUCAAAGGUGUAGCAAGGGGAUUGGCCUACCUGUAUGAGGAGCUGCCAAGCUUAAGCCUACCACAUGGCCAUCUCAAGUCAUCCAAUGUUCUCCUAGACAGCACAUUUGAACCGGUACUAUCUGAUUAUGCACUAAUACCAGUGAUCAACAAGGAGCAUGCUCAGCGGAUCAUGGUAGCCUAUAAGUCACCUGAAUCCACACAAAGUGACCACGUAACAAGGAAGACAGAUGUGUGGAGCCUUGGGAUUCUGAUACUCGAGUUGCUCACAGGACGAUUCCCAGCUAACUAUCUAAAACAGGGUAGAGAACCAAAUGCAGAUUUGGCAACCUGGGUUAAUUCUGUUGUAAGAGAAGAGUGGACAGGUGAGAUAUUUGAUAAGGACAUGAAUUUAGGAAGGACCGGGGAAGGUCAAAUGCUCAGGCUUCUGAAGAUUGGAAUGUGCUGCUGUGAAUGGAAUGUGGACAGAAGGUGGGAUUUGAAGGAGGCUAUUGAGAAAAUCGAAGAACUGAAGGAAAGGGACAGUGAUGAUGAUUAUUCUUCCUAUGCAAGUGAAGGAGAAAUGUAUUCCUCAAGAGCACCAACUGAUGAACACAUCUCAUUUUCUAAAGCAUGAAAUUUGAGAAACUCUGAAUAAUUUCUACUUUUCUCGAUCUCCAUGGUCUCUACAAGUAGAUUUGCACUAGAUUUAUGCAAUUUUUUUUUUUUACAAGGCUUAUUCAUUUUAUAUUUUCGAGAGACAGUGUUUGUUUUAAGCUUAUGUUGGAUCAAAUCCUCUUAACCUAUUUACACUGUAAUAGUACAU